GUUUCGUAUGCACAGCAUUGGACUCCUACGUUACAACAGAAGACUUUAUAGAGAUGUGACCCAGUCAGGAGAAUUUGUGACUUUAAAUUUACUGCCUACACUAUUAGUAUUACAGCGGGUUUCAACAUCGCCACCGAUAGAGGCGCCAGUGUCCCUCAGUGUCUGAAGGUCGCAGAGAUAGCAGUAUUCUUCUCCUGUCUGAGGAAAGAAGUGCCAGUACUGAGAGCCAGUUUUUACAAAUAAUUUACAAUGGGAGGAACCUCUUCUAGCACUUCAUACGAACGACAAGGUAGAAGAGUGGAUGCUGCGGCCACCCCCUCUUAUUUCCAUGAAACAGUAAUCGGACCAUGUGGAAUACGAGGAGACAACAAAGCACUGUCGAAAGUAGACAGAGGGCUGUCUAUGGUGAAGGUUUGCAAAUCAGACGCCACCGAACUUCAGAGGAAAUUACAGCGGGAGUACUUCUCUCACUGGGAAGAGCGGUGCGAUGUGAGCGAGUUCCACGAUUUUACCGUCGAUCAAAUUGAUCAGCUGAUAGAGAAAAUCCACCGUAAAAUGCGGAAAUCUGGGCAGGACGUCCGGAAGAAACUCCGGGGAAUCCGCUGGUCCGAACAGUGGUCCCAGAAAAUGUUCGAGUUUUCCUUUGGAGAUGACCUACAAUCCGGCGUCGUUUACUUCGGUAUGAUUGCUCUAGCUAAAGACGGCGCGGGUUUCAUAGACGCCGCCACGUGUUUAUAUAAACUGGACUUUACAGUGGCGCAGGAAAAGGUGGUCAGGACGGACACGGAUCACUUUCUGGGCAUAGAAUUGGAGACGCGCACCAGGACCUCCUAUCGCGACCGCAGCCUGGGCUUCGUCACAGCUCAAGCCUUGAAAAACUUCGCCCGUACUAAGGCAGUGGAGGCCUUUCAAGAGCGGGGCCUUCUCCGGGCGGUUAACUAUGUUUCCAGUUUAGAAGCAACAGAAUAAUAGGAAAAACUCAUUUGCUAGUUUGGACCCCGCAAAUGUUUCACGAGUCCUAGUUAACAUAUUAUAUACCAUGUUUUUGUACAACUUACUUUU